AUGGAGUCGACUCACAACGCAACGGUCCCACCGAGGAACAUCCAGCCGCCGAAUCCUAACGCGCCAUUCAAAGAAGUCGACGUAGCGACCCCGUCAUCGAGCAUUCGCAGCACUGCAGAGCUGGACGGCUCAGGACAGGAGCCCAAUGGCACAGAAGAAGAGGAGGAAAAUAGCAGAACCGUGGCUGCAGAUGAGCCCUCAGCGCCUGGGGCGCAAGACGAAAACAUACCGCAACGAAGCAAGUUGAAAAUAGCCGUCAUCAUGUUUUCGCUCGCUGUCGCCGUGUUGCUCGCCGCCCUGGACAUCACUAUCGUUACGACCGCACUGCCUACAAUCGCCGAAGAGUUCAACUCGGCGUCUGGAUAUACCUGGGUUGGGUCAGCAUACUUGAUUGCUCAGGCAGCGUCGACACCAAUUUGGGGCAAGGUCUCCGACAUUUUUGGCAGAAAACCGAUACUGCUGGUCGCCAACGCCAUAUUCUUUGUGGGAUCGCUACUUGCGGGCGUCUCGGUCAAUAUGGAUAUGCUUAUUGCAGCAAGAGCUAUCCAGGGAAUUGGAGGAGGCGGUUUGAUCACCCUUGCCAAUAUUACAAUUUCUGAUCUCUUUACCAUGCGGGACCGAGGCGCAUAUUUUGCUAUCAUCGGCGGCGUGUGGGCGCUGGCGAGCAGCCUGGGUCCUGUUAUUGGGGGCCUAUUUACGCAAAAGGUCUCUUGGAGAUGGUGUUUCUACAUUAAUUUACCCCUUGAUGGACUGGCAUUCAUCAUCAUUCUCUUCUUCCUCGAUGUGAAAACACCGAAAACACCACUCCGCAAGGGUCUCAAGGCCGUUGACUGGUUAGGGUCUUUCACGAUGGUCGGUGGAACCAUAAUGCUUCUGUUGGGCCUGGAAUUUGGCGGCAUUACCCACCCGUGGGACUCAGCAACUGUUCUGUGCCUAAUCAUCUUUGGCGUCGUAACCAUCGGCAUUUUCUUCCUGGUCGAAUGGCGGGUUGCGCCAUACCCUCUGAUGCCUCUAGAUCUUUUCUCGAAGCGGUCAAAUCUGGCAGCCCUAGGGGCCUGCUUCCUCCACGCCUUCGUUUUCAUCUCGGGCUCCUACUUUCUCCCGCUCUACUUUCAAGCUGUACUCGGAGCUACGCCAAUUUUAUCGGGUGUUUACGUACUUCCAACAGCACUUGCCAUAUCGUUCCUUUCGGCGUUCACAGGCAUCUUCAUCAAGAAGACUGGGCAGUAUCUUCCAUUAAUAUGGUUCGGAAUGUUGAUGAUGACCCUUGGUUUUGGGUUGUUUAUCAACCUCGAUGAGAACUCAUCUUGGGCAAAGAUCAUCAUCUUCCAAAUCAUUGCAGGUAUUGGAGUAGGACCAAACUUCCAAGCCCCGCUUAUUGCUCUUCAGAGCCUUGUUCCAAAACGCGACAUUGCGACCGCAACUGCCACGUUUGGCUUUACUCGUAACCUCGGUUCAGCUAUAUCUGUCGUGGUUGGUUCUGUCAUUUUUAACAACGAAAUGAAAUCAAAACAAUCUCAACUGGUAGCCACGUUAGGUCCACAGACUGCGUCUUCGUUUGGCGGAGGCUCUGCUGGCGCUAGCGUUGGGCUCAUUCAGUCGUUGCCUAAUGAGCAAAAGGCCGUUGCACGAAAAGCCUUCGCAGAGGCCUUGUCUACUAUGUGGAUUGUAUACGUGGCUUUUGCUGGGGUAGCCAUCGUGACAAGCCUUAUGAUCACUAGAAACAAGCUCGAUAAGCAGCAUCAGGAGACAAAGACCGGAAUAGAAGCAGAGAAGGAGAAGAGAGCAGAGCGAGUGGCUGAACGAGCGGAACGGAAGAGGAAGAGGGCCAGCAGAAGCUCAUUGCCACUGGAUACGGAGGCGCAAAAUAGCACUCCUGUCGUUGAGGCGGAAAAAGAAACAAAAGUAUAA